AUGCCAGGAAAUAGAAGAAGCUUUCAUGAAGUUCUAACACAUAUCUCUUUAGUACGGCUGGAAAUGGAUUGCCUUGCUUUCUUCAUUACUGUUCUACUCGCAAAUAAAAGCUGUACUGCCAUCAAACCUGAAGGAAAGCAUGUGGAUUCAACUGUGAAACUUGCCAGCACUAUGACUCUAGAAUGUGUCUAUCCAAAGACUGCAACUAUAAUUCAGAUGUCAUGGCGUAAGGAAAAGGACAACGGCAAAGAGAAUAUUGCAGUCUUCAAACUGCCUCAAGACUUGUAUAUUGAAAGCAGAUACACGUUCCGAGUUCAUGUUGGCAAUGAGACCACAAACAACAAAUCCCUUAUUUUUAACAACACUACUGAAGAAGACAUUGGUUUUUACCUAUGCUCCUUUCAGACAUUUCCACAUGGAACUUGGGAAAAGAGAAUUCAAGUUGUGCGAUCAGAUGAAUUUAAUUCCCGAGUCUUUUUGGAUCCACAUGGUAUGGAAGGUUCCCUGGUUGCUAAACCAGGGGAAAAGGUUACUAUGACACACUGGCAUGGACCUGACAUUGUUGUGAAUCGAGUGAUAUGGGAAAGGGUCCAAAUAGACCACGUGGACCUCAUAAGCCAGUGUCUUAAUUCUGCUAUGGCAAUCCAUGGCUCUGAUUACCCAAAGCGGGCAGAGAUACAUUGUGCCAUCCAAGCAAACAGCACUCUUGUUCUCUGGAAUGUCACAGUUUCUGAUUCUGGGAUAUAUCGCUGUCAUUUCAUUGGAGAAAAUGGUAAAAAUGCAACUGGCUGGACAAAACUGACUAUUAACAGCAAUGUCCCUUUGAUUUCUGUGAAGUAUAUUGUUUUAAUCGCUGGUGCUGCCAUCAUACUAUUAGUAGUAAUCUCAGCCAUUGUUGUGACUAUUCUUCAGCACAGAAAAAAGGAGAAGAAAAGGAAGAAGAUGAAGGCCUUCCCUACUGUUCAAACCCAGCUUUCACACAACUAUGAAGAAUCUGAAUGCCAUCCCAAAAGAAAAGCAAGGAGAGGACAAAAUGUGGCAGUGUCUGAGACAACAGAAACACCAGUCUAUGUGAACUGCAAGAACAUUAGAAGUAUUUUACACAGAUCGGAUAAGCAAAUGUAAAUUCUGAGUGAAUGAGCUAGCCCCAGAGAUGUGUGUUGAUUUUACCUCUGGAAGACUUACCUUGAUGCUGUCUGAAGGAAUGUUGAUGUGCUGGGCAUCCUUGAGGCUGGCCCUGGGGCUUCAGAGGACUUUGAGCAGCUGCUUGGAGUACAUGCUUAUUACAGGAGUCUCACAAUGGCAAUGCCAUCACAAGAUAUCAGGCAAUAACUAGUAACUGUGCUGGAUCUUUAAUGAAAUCUCAUGGGACCAGAAAUCCUAUGAGAUUUCAGACAAGAUUAUUCAGACAUAUAUGCUGGCCAUUUUAUAAAUUGGGGUGGGGAACCCUUUGACAAGGGAGUCACCAGCUGUCUGGAUGGAUGCAGGUGACCCCUUCACCUGACCGUUAGGGCUACUCAUACUAAUUGGCUGGGAGUAAAGUACUAGACAGGUGUGGCUGGCAGCCCUGCUGGACCACUUACCAAUCACAGAACCACUGGGCCUCAUGUCCCCACAACCUGAGGGUACAUAAAUGUGAUUGAUUUAUGAUUAUGGUUAUGGUACCUGUAAUAUCAUUAAAGUUAUGGCCAUCUUGUUGACCCACAA